CCGGAAGCCUUUAAGUCGUCCAACAAAGAAGACGGCGGUGUUGGCGGAAAGUGCAGAGGCGAGCACCUUGAGGGAAUUAGCGAGCUUUUUUAUCCACUUUAAUACCUUGAGGGAUUUAACUAUACCGCGCGCAAGUAGUGCCAGAAUACUCCCCGCGCUGUUCCCAACGGUGAGACUAGACUAGUUGAACCACAACCGCGCUUCUUCUUCGCCCAAGCAAGGAAGCCAGCGAACACGCCAGCUAGCCUCAAUAGCUAGCGAGCUAGCCCAUCCACUUCCACGCUACCACGUCCAUUGUGCGCUAGCUAGCUUGCUAGCAUGUCUGGCGGAGGCAUAAUCCGCGGACCGGCGGGGAGCAACGACUGCCGCAUCUACGUCGGCAACCUGCCGCCCGACAUCCGCUCCAAGGACGUCGAAGAUCUCUUCUACAAGUACGGUUCCAUCCGCGACAUCGAUCUGAAGAACCGACGAGGGGGGCCGCCUUUCGCCUUCGUGCAGUUCGAGGACCCGAGGGAUGCAGACGAUGCUGUGUACGGUCGAGAUGGCUAUGACUAUGAUGGCUACCGACUGCGAGUGGAGUUUCCCCGCAGCGGCCGAGGCGGAGCGGCAGGCCCCCCCAGGGGCCGAUAUGGGCCCCCAUCUCGACGGUCAGAGUACAGGGUCAUCGUGUCAGGUCUUCCUCCUAGUGGGAGCUGGCAGGACUUGAAGGACCACAUGCGAGAGGCGGGCGACGUGUGCUAUGCCGACGUGAACCGCGACGGCAGCGGCGUGGUGGAGUUUGUGCGCAAGGAGGACAUGACCUACGCUGUGCACAAGUUGGACAACAGCAAGUUUCGCUCCCACGAGGGCGAGACGGCGUACAUCCGCGUGAGGAUGGACGGCCACCGCAGUCCCAGCUACGACCGCUCGCGCAGUCGCAGCCGAAGCAAGAGCCGAUCGCGCAGCUACUCCCCUGCUCGACGCAGCCGGGCCUCGCCGCGCUACUCCCCGAGGCGCUCUCGCUCCAAUUCCCGUUCCCGGUCUCGCUCCCGCACCUAAAUGCACCGCCACCCUGACUGGAUGGAGAGUGGCGCGUCGAGAGGGGGGAAAAGAAACCUCGGAGUCGGAUCCCGUUUAUCAUGUAUUUCUCAUUAGCCCUGCCUGUGCUUUUUGUUGCUGCCCCCUCCCCUUCCUCCCCUCCCCACUUCACUGUCGGGUGACUUUUUUUUUUCUAUUUUACUCACCAUUCCUUCAUUUUCCCGCUCCCUCUUCCCCGUACCUUGAAUGCUUCCGCUAUUGCUGUGCUUUUUAUUUGGCUUCUCAAAGCAUUAUAUCCGCUGAUCUUCUUGUGUGUCUCUCUGUAGAGAUCAGAGCGGCAGGAUAGGAUGGGAAGAGAAGGAAACAGUUCAAAUUAGGAUAAACAGGAGGAGGAGGAUGAGAAGGAGGAGGAUACAAAUGUGGCACGCAAUGGUAUGAUGGUUGUGCCUUUACAAACAUCUAAUUGUGAGGCUGUUCACAUGUUUUUACACUUAAAAUGGCGCCUCAUUGUUUCUCAGUACUCAAUCCCCCAACCCCAGAAAUAAGAUUCUGCAUCUAUUUUGUUUGUCGGUGGUGCCUCCACCCCACCCCGUUUUUUAUUAACAUUAAUUUUCUUUGUAGUUUUCUUCAGACCGCUUUAGUGACGUCAAAAUGUAGAUAUUUUUUCCGUUUAAUGCGAAGGUGUGAUUCUAACUCCUUCUCUUUGGUUCUGCUGGUAUUCUGAAGGUUUGGACUGGGCUCAUUGUCACCCCAUCCGGAGCCGGAUCACGAUUUAGGAUUUUUAGGCAUCAGGAUGGAUACAAGGAGCAGGAGCAUUGGAGAUUUUUUUGUUUUUUCGUUUCUUUGUUUUUUGUACCAGGACAAGCUCCCACAUCCAACCUUUCAAGCAUUGUAGUUCCAUAGUCAAAAUCUAAUUCGGCGUUCCCAAAGAAGCAUAUUUAGUGGUUAUUUUCCAUGUUGUGGAAAUUAAAAAAUAGUGACAGUGUUGUGAUUUCAAUUUUUUUUUUAAUUGUUGGAAAAUCAAGAGCUUUCAUCAAAACCAUGAGAGGCUUCCAGACGGUGGAGGGAGUGGGGAAAAGAGGGAGUGAAUGUGGUUUAUCUUCUUGAACCCGCUUUUUCCUGAUGAGGUUUUUUUUUUCCUUAAGUCGAGUCUCCAAUGUCAUCAGAGCUUUAUUCUCUUUUAAUAAAAUUUAAAACGUA